AUGUCGUGGCUCGAACUUCUGAAGAAGCAGCUUACGCCGCAGAAGCUGCUCUUCCAUUUCAUCUUCUGGGGGUUUCAUUGGGGUAUUUUUGCCUACGGCUGGCUAAAGCAGAAGAACGAUGAACGUCUUGCCGGCCUCAACCUGCUCCAGUAUUCAGUCUGGAUCUCGCGAGGUGCUGGUCUGGUUUUGAGUGUAGAUGGCAUGCUCAUUCUCCUGCCAGUGUGCAGAACCAUCAUGCGUUGGGUUCGGCCCAAGAUUAGGUGGCUACCUCUCGAUGAGAACCUCUGGAUGCACAGGCAACUUGCCUAUGCCAUGCUGCUCUUCACCAUCAUCCACACACUAGGUCACUACGUCAACUUCUACAAUGUUGAAAAGACCCAGAUUCGUCCCGUCACGGCCGUUCAAAUCCACUACGUCCAGGCUGGCGGUGUCACAGGCCACGUGAUGCUUCUUUGCAUGUUACUGAUGUAUACGACCGCCCAUCACCGCAUUAGGCAGCAGUCCUUUGAGACCUUCUGGUACACACACCACCUCUUCAUCCCCUUCUUCCUUGCACUCUACACGCACACGGUUGGCUGCUUCGUCCGUGAUACUGCCGAGGCUAUUUCCCCAUUUGCUGGCGACGAGUACUGGAAGCACUGCAUUGGCUAUUUGGGUUGGAGAUGGGAGCUCUGGACUGGUGGUUUCUACCUGCUCGAGCGCCUGUACCGUGAGAUCCGCGCCGUUCGUGAGACGAAAAUUACUCGUGUUAUUCGUCAUCCUUAUGACGUCGUCGAGAUCCAGUUCGUCAAGCCUUCCUUCAAGUACAAGGCUGGCCAGUGGUUAUUCCUCCAAGUGCCUGAGAUCUCGAAGUACCAAUGGCACCCUUUCACCAUCACUUCGUGCCCAUUCGAUCCUUACGUCUCGGUCCACAUCCGUCAGGUCGGCGACUUCACCAAGGCCCUCGGCGACCGUGUCGGUGCUGGUUCUGCCCAAGCCAAGCUCUAUGAAGGCGUUGAUCCCAUGGGCAUGUACGAGGUCGCUCUCCAAAACGGUCAGAAGAUGCCUCAGCUCCGUAUCGAUGGUCCCUAUGGUGCCCCUGCUGAGGACGUGUUCGAGAACGAAAUCGCCGUUCUGAUCGGUACUGGUAUCGGUGUCACGCCGUGGGCCUCGAUUCUCAAGAACAUCUGGCAUAUCCGCAACUCGCCCAACCCGCCGACCCGUCUGCGCCGUGUCGAGUUCAUUUGGGUGUGUAAGGAUACCACCUCGUUCGAAUGGUUCCAGACUCUGCUGUCGUCUCUGGAGCGCCAGUCUGAUGAGGCGGCGCGCUUGCCCGGCUCUGGUGGUGUCGAGUUCCUCAAGAUUCACACCUACCUGACUCAGAAGCUCGAUCUUGAUACGACCCAGAACGUUGUGCUUAAUAGCGUGGGCGCUGAUUACGACCCGCUUACGGAGCUCAAGUCGCGCACAAACUUCGGCCGUCCCAACUUCCUGAAGAUUUUCACCAGCAUACGCGAUGGCAUCCUCAACCGGACUUAUCUGAGCGGCUUGGAGGGCAACAUGAAGACUACUGUGGGUGUUUACUUCUGUGGUCCUUCAGCAGCUGCCCGUGACAUCAAGAAGGCUUGCAAGCAAGCUACUACUCGCGAAGUCAAGUUCCGGUUCUGGAAGGAGCACUUCUAA